AGCGUUGUUGCUGUUUGGCAACAAGAAAAGGGUUUCACUUCACCUUUCACAGACAAGGAUGGACAUGCUGAGUUUCUGGAAACCCAUUUUCCUUUUUCCCAGCAAAAGUUAAUUUUUUUCUAGUGUCGUUCCUCUCGUUUGUUGACACAGCUGGUAAAGUAAAUAUGUAUGAGCAGAGCGUCGACGGGGGUUCGGUCGAUCUGUGACGUGAAGAGUGGGAGCUCUCGAUGGUCGUGGAUGGGCUUUUGCUCCAGGAACAUCUGGAUCUUGAGGCUUCUGGUCUGGUUCUGAGCGAAGUCGUGAUGUUGUGCUGGAGCCCGUGGACCUGUGGACUGCUGGUCAGGACGGGUGUCUUCUGGGAUGGCGAGGAUUAUUGCCGGACAGUCAGGAGAGCAGGCAGACAGAGCUCGACGCAGGAGAUCGGCGAGGAGGCCGAGGACGAUGCCAUCUUCACCAUCACGCUGAGGAAGGUGCAGCUUCAUCAGUCUGCCAGUAAGGGGCAGCGAUGGCUGGGCGUGGAGACGGACUCGGCCCUGAGCCUCUACGAGACCUGCAAGGUGCGGACCAUCAAGGCCGGCACGCUGGAGAGGCUGGUGGAGUACAUGGUGUCUGCGUUCAGGGGCAAAGACUCCACCUACGUAACCAUCUUCCUUUGCACCUACCGCUCCUUCGCCACCACCAAGCAGGUGCUGGAUCUCCUGCUCAACAGGUAUGCCAAACUCCAAAAUGUCCCUGUAGCCACAGCACACAGAGUCUCCCAGGACGACUGCACGGAGCUGAGAAACACUGUUUCGUCUAUCCUGGGCGCGUGGUUGGACCAGUACUCUGAGGACUUCUGGAGCCCUCCGAACUACGACUGUCUGCACCAGCUGCUGUCCUACCUUCACCGCCACUUCCCCGGCUCGGACCUGGAGCGCCGCGCCCGCAACCUGCUUGCCCACUUCCACCGCCGACAGCAGUGUGAGCCUGAUCCUGAUGGGGAACACAUUGGCUGUCCCUUUGCCACGCAGGAAGAGAGUGGCUUUGAGGACGAGCUACCUGCUUUUAGUUUCCUGUCGUUUGACCCCAUCAUGGUGGCAGAGCAGUUCACACUCAUGGACGCGGAUCUGUUUAAGAAGGUGGUGCCCUACCAUUGCCUGGGUGGGAUUUGGUCUCAGCGGGAUAAGAAGGGGAAGGAGCACCUGGCUCCAACCAUUAGAGCCACUGUGGCCCAGUUCAACUCUGUCACCAAUUGUGUCAUCACCACCUGCCUGAGCAACCCAACGCUGAAGCCCAACCAGAGAGCCAGGCUGCUAGAGAGGUGGAUCGACGUGGCUCGGGAGUGUCGGAUCCUGAAGAAUUUCUCCUCGUUACGAGCCAUCCUCUCCGCCCUGCAGUGCAACGCCAUCCACCGCCUCAAGAGGACCUGGGAGGAAGUGUCACGGGAGAGUUUCCGAACCUUCCGCGAGCUGUCUGAGAUCUUCUCAGACGACAACAACUACUCCCUCAGCCGAGAGCUGCUGGUGAAGGAAGGCACCUCCAAGUUUGCUACUUUGGAAAUCAACCCCAAACGAGCUCAAAGGAGACACCAGCAGCAGAGAGACCUGGGAGUGAUGCAGGGGACGAUUCCUUACCUGGGGACCUUCCUGACGGACCUGGUGAUGAUGGACACUGCCAUGAAGGAUUAUACAGAGGGUGGUCUGAUAAACUUCGAGAAGAGAAGAAAGGAGUUUGAGGUGAUCGCUCAGAUCAAACUGCUCCAGUUGGCCUCCAACAACUACAGUUUCACUCAGGACAGCCACUUCAGAGAAUGGUUCGCAGGCGUGGAGAAGCUCAGUGAGGCAGAGAGCUACAAUCUGUCCUGCGAGAUCGAGCCUCUGUCAGAGUCGGCCAGCAACACGCUCAGAGCCAAGAAGAACGGAGGCAUCAUGAAACGCUGGAGCGACCGGCAGUUGACGGAGGCCGGCUGCAGCAGCGGCGCCGGCUCUCAUUCCAAGUCCUUCGACCACUCGCACUACAGGCCGUACCAAGGAGGCGGCGGGGACAGCGGCGACGCCCUCAGCGUCACCUCUGUCAGCUCCAGUGGUUCAGACCUGGAGGACGUGAACGCCAGCUUCCUGUCGGAUUCUCCAGAGGGACAUGAGAGGAAGACGUCAACUCCUUCAGUGAAACUUACCGUCUCUGCUUUGGGGAGAGAAGCUCCAGCAGCAGAUACAACCUCAACGUUCUGGGAGUGUACGUCGCUGUCGUCCCUGGACACCUCCGGCACGGGCUCCAGCUCCGGUUCAGCCUCCGGCUCCAGCAGCGCCUCCUCCUCCUCCGUCUCUUGCUCCACCCCGCUGUCCGCCUCCCGCUCACACAAACGCUCAGUGUCGGCGGUGUCGAACUACUCGACUCUGUCGCUGCCGCUGUACAACCAGCAGGUCGACGACUGCUGCAUCAUCAGGGUCAGCCUGGACGUGGAGAACGGCAACAUGUACAAGAGCAUCCUGGUCACAAGUCAAGAUAAGACUCCAGCUGUCAUCAGGAAGGCCAUGAUCAAACACAACCUGGAGCGGGAGAAGGCCGAGGAUUACGAGCUGAUGCAGAAAAUCUCUGAGGACAAAGAGCUUCGUAUCCCGGACAACGCCAAUGUUUUUUACGCCAUGAACUCCACUGCCAACUACGACUUUGUGCUGAAGAAGCGCGGCUUGGCCCGGCCAGUGCGGGCCAAGAACGUGGCCAGUUCGACGCUGCCUCGCAUGAAACAGAAGGGACUGAAAAUCGCUAAAGGGAUUUUCUGAGGACAAACGCACCACUUCCUGCCUCCCCUCCACCCCCUUAACCCUCUCUGAUCUCCACUCCUCAGAAAUAACAUUUCUGUUCGGCUCUGUUGGAGGCAAAGUAACCUGAAGUAUCUGCGUUUUGGUUUGGACAAAGACUGAGAUGCCAAAGGAGAUGAGAUAAAUGACCAAGCGACCUUUCUGUGGAUUAGCAGAAAGCAGAGGAGCACCUUACACUUGGAAACAGCUGUCGUGGCAUCAGGACCCUCCAAGGACGUUGAAAGGCUGACUCUGGCGCAGGAAACGUCCAGAUAGAGGCUGUUUCCAUAAAGCUGACAAAUAAAGGACACGUUUGUGGGAAAAUAAACAGCUGCGUGGGUGUCGGGUGCAGCUGCUUGGUAGCUGAACUAGUCGAACUCUACCAGACUCCGUUCGGUCUGAAAUUCCACGCAACUGGUUGCGUUGGCUUGUGGAAAAGCAGAUCCAUUUCAUAUUCUAGUCCAUUGUUUUUUGUUUCCAACUGUUUACAUCUAAACAUUCACUCGGUCUUAAAGGCUUUUGUUCAAGUAUCUUGUCCACGAGAGGAUUUUUUUGCACCUGUGAUACAACUUUUGAACCCCUGACUCGCUCAGCAGCCUCCAUCCCUGUAUUUUACUCUUCAGUCUUCAUGCACGUGCCCUCCUGGCAUGGAGUGUACAUAAACGAACAAUACGAAGCCGCGGCGAGUAAACACAGAUGUGUGUCACAGCUGGGUGUUCGAAUGUGUUUCUAUUUUUUCAGGGAACUUUUGUUGUGAGUGUCCGCCGCCUUCACCGUCUCGCCCCGGGGUUCCUGAUGUCGACAGUGUUCCUGGGACUGCAGCACUGAACGUUUCGCUCCCCCUCUCGGACGCUGGGACUCAAUUCAGCAUUUUACCACCAGCGACGCUGACGUGGAGGGACCUGAACUCUUUUAACUUCUGAACGCUGCCAUGUUACAAAAAAAACAAGAAGUUUGAGGAGUCUGAAAUGGUGACAUGGUGUCAAAAUGUAGUGGGCACAGCCGUGAAUCACAUGCCACUGUUUUCUUUUCUUUUUUUAAUGAAUGAAUUGUAGCCACUACACCAUGAAGGAUGUGGCAGCCCUUUGAUCGCACUUGACUGGGAUAGAAAACCGAGAGAAGAGCAAGAGAGCAGAGAACAAAAAACUGAGUGUAUAUAUCAGUUCACACCAACUGUGCAGUAUAUUCUUUUGAAACAAACCAUGAGAUUUUGUUAAUAGACUUGCCACGAUAUCAAAACUUUUUUCACUUCGCUUUGUACAUUUUUUUGCAUCUCUCUGCUCUGAUAUGGUGCUGCUAAUUAUCCUUCUGAAGAAGUUGUACAAGCUGCACUUUCCCUGCUUCCUGACCACUGGCCGCCAUGUUGGAAUGCAACAGAAACAAGUCUUCUUCCCUGCUGCGUGAGAUGUUUCAAUGGGCUUUUUACCCCAGGGUAAAUGCUCUUUCUAAGAAUUUCUAACAAAAAAAAAAGAUUUUAAUCAACAAUGUAUAAUAAUAUACUUAAAUUCAAUCAUAAUAAUUGUAAAGCUGUUUAAAUAUUAAGUGCUCAUUAAGCAUUUAUUCUUUGGAAGGAGCCUCUGAACCAACAUUUUGACCAUCUAAGACACUAACAGCUGACUUGAAAUUAUGUAAAGGCCCGGCUUACUGCACCCAUUCAGUAAUAUGUAUUCAAAUGUAUAUUUUAUGUUGAGAUGAGAUGUACCAUCUUCUUGUGGUCCCAAAAUACUGCAGUAAAAAAACUCACAAUACACAUUUCUAAAUGCACUGAUUAAAAAUAUCAACUGCAUAAAAUAAGCAACAAAAACAAGAUAUUCUGUCAGAUUCCCAGGUUUCCUUCUGGCAAAAGAACAGCAGCCUAAAUUUCCUGUAACUGCAAACAGAUAUUUUGGUAUAACUCAUGAUAUUUGCACAGAAAGAAGCGUGGUUUCUUCCAACAUGGCGGAUCAUCCUUCAUACCAUUCAUAUCCAUCAAUAACCACAGUCCAAAUGUGCCAUGAUAGGCUGUAAAACAUGGAGUCUGGAAUAGGGUUUGGAAUGAGGCUUCGCGCAGGGGCCCAGAUGAACGACGGUGAUCUUGCACAUGAGGGAACUUCUCUGUGCUGUCCAUGAUCUGUCGCUUGAAAGGAAAAAUCCAACCUAAAAUACCUUGUCACUGUUUUUGUAAAGCAGUUUUUUGGGAUGUACUUGCCAUUUUUGGGUUCCUAAUUUUUUUAUUCCCAUGGAUAGAGUGAUGCCACAUUGUUGAGCUAUUUCUAAUUUUCAAAGGGCUUCUUUUGUGGAUUCUGCACAGUUUCUCUCUGUUUGCACGCAACCCUCACUGCUAAAUUACCUGUUUUGCUCACUGUUCACUAAAGCCCCUUUUAGUUGCCCUUGCAGGACCUGUCAAGCUUUCCCUUCUUGUGAGGCACAUAUGCAGUUUACUAUAACGGUGGUAUUAUUGCAUCUUUUUGCCCUAAAGAUGAGUCCUAACCAAUGUGUCUGACGAACAUAAUGCUAUCCUGGGUAACAUUGGCAGGGGUCGCUGACAGAGCCGCUAACAUUAGCCUAAACUGUGAUAGCAUCCAGGGCGCACAGUGAGAAAAAGCAAUGGAUGUGCUUGACAUGCGCAGGAGCUCUUUUAAUGGAACCUGUAAUCCCACAAGCUAAUGUAGUUUGGUGAUGUGCUCCUUGGCUAGAAAGUAAGACACACUUACUACUGUAGGUUGUGAGAUAGUCAGCCGGACAUGCUAAUGUUUGCAGCUUACAGUAGAGCAGACAAACACACUGUUUGGACGUCUAACACCUUUGCUCUUGUGUUUUUGCUUUUGGAAAGGCUAAAAAAGGUACCACACUUUAAACACUUUAAAUGUAUCACUGUCACUACAGCAGCAGUUGCUGUUUGGGGUGAGGGAUGAACACACACUCAGUUUGAUCAACAGCAAGCUAACCCCAUCUCAGAGUCCUGUUGCAUGGCCUUCUGGGAAAUGUAGGAAUGUAGGAAAUUACUGAUUACAGGAAAGUGGGUUCACCAAAAACACUUACCGAAUAUCUAAGGUUGGAUUUUUCCUCAGUUGUUCAUAUCACCGCAACAAAACACAAGAUUUGCUUGGAUUGCACUGCAACCAUGUAUUGCCUUUUUUGCUUUUUUGUUGUUUUUCACCUGCAUGAAUUUCAUAAUUCUCUUAGAGAUCAGAUGAAUGAAGCGCGCCCCCCAGAACAAAAAAAACCUGCCUAAGCAAUAUUGUGACGAGUGGCAGGAGGCACGUCGUCCGGCUGUCGUGGAUGUUGUUCGUGCCACUGUGGCGUGAAGUCCUUUGCUGUUGAACACUGUGACCUUUGACCCUUUCACUCUGCCCCCUCUGCCUGUUGAUCGGCGCGUCAUGUCGAGCACUGUGAACAAAAAAAAUAACAUCUAUUCCCCCUUUAUGGUGUCGUAGUGAACAUCUGCCCUUCGCUCAUGUUGUUGGCGAGCUGCAAUGGCAACAGUCUUGACUCUACAUGUGCCAAAAAUAACAAGGAAAGAGAGAAAAGGGUUGCUCUUAACAGAUGAGUCCUCUGCCUUUCACAGUGAAAAAAAAAAACAAGUUUGUAUGUUUACUGUUGUUGCAUUUUUUCUGGAAAACAAAAAUAA